CACGUGAAAUGCCGACUAAGCUUUGCUCAUUCAAAGCUUGAGACUGAGCUGCCCACCAUUGCCACACCCAAAUAGGAAAAACGGUUCAAGCUAAUUUACAAACUCUGAUCCACAAUUCUCGUCCCAUUCCUUCACCAUUUUCGCUCUAUCUAUCUAGGGUUUCCACAAUCAAUGCAUAUGUUUGUAUUCUUUCAAUGGUGAAAACCAUCAUUAUUGACAACCGCCUUUGAACCACUCUCUGAUCUGAUCUUUUUUUUCUUUUUCUUUCUAUAAACCCAUUUUUGGGAUCUGUGAUUUGGUUUGUGAAUUUUUCAUAUAGUUUUGAUGGUUAUGGGGAAGGUACAAGUGGGGGCAGCGGUGAUAUGCGCGGCCACGGUGUGUGCUGCGGCGGCGCUGAUCGUGCGCCACCGCAUGCGGUGCUCGAGCCGGUGGGCUCGGGCAAUGGCAAUUGUGAAGGAAUUAGAAGAGAAGUGUGGGACCCCCAUCGCCAAGUUGAAGCAGGUCGCAGAUGCCAUGACCGUGGAGAUGCACGCCGGACUCGCCUCCGAAGGUGGGAGCAAACUCAAGAUGAUCAUCAGCUACGUCGACAAUCUCCCCACUGGUGAUGAGAAAGGAUUGUUUUAUGCAUUGGACCUUGGUGGGACAAACUUCCGAGCGUUACGAGUGCAAUUGGGAGGAAAAGAUGGUGGAAUUGUUAAUCAGGAAUUUACUGAGGUGUCAAUUCCUCCUAAUUUGAUGGUUGGGUCUUCGGAUGCACUUUUUGAUUAUAUUGCAGCAGCACUUGCAAAAUUUGUUGCUGAAGAGGGUGAAGAUUCUGAACUUCCUCCGGGUAGGCAGAGGGAACUGGGUUUUACCUUUUCAUUCCCUGUGAUGCAAACGUCAAUUGAUUCUGGGACUCUUAUUAGGUGGACGAAAGGCUUCUCUAUUGAUGACACGGUUGGCCAAGAUGUGGUUGCAGAACUGGCAAAAGCCAUGGGAAGACAUGGCAUUGAAAUGCGUGUGUCAGCUCUGGUCAACGAUACAAUUGGAACAUUGGCUGGUGGCAGAUACUUCAACAAGGACGUUCUUGUUGCUGUGAUAUUGGGUACUGGUACAAAUGCAGCAUAUGUUGAACGUGCCCAGGCAAUACCAAAAUGGCAUGGUCCUCUGCCUAAAUCAGGAGAGAUGGUUAUCAACAUGGAGUGGGGUAACUUUCGGUCAUCGCAUCUUCCCUUAACAGAGUAUGAUCAUGCAAUGGAUACUGAAAGUUUGAAUCCUGGUGAACAGAUUUUUGAAAAGAUAACUUCUGGUAUGUAUUUGGGAGAAAUUGUUCGCAGAGUUCUAUGUAGGAUGGCUGAGGAAGUUGCCUUCUUUGGUGACACGGUUCCACCGAAACUUAAGGUUCCAUUCAUAUUGAGGACACCUGAAAUGUCAGCAAUGCAUCAUGACACAUCCUCCGAUCUCAGGGUGGUUGGAACCAAAUUGAAGGAUAUUUUAGAGAUUUCUAAUACUUCCCUGAAGACGAGGAAAGUUGUGGUUGAGCUCUGCAAUAUUGUUGCUACGCGUGGGGCCCGGCUCGCGGCUGCUGGGAUCUUGGGCAUCCUGAAGAAAAUGGGAAGAGAUACUCCAAGGGAAGGGGAGAUACAGAAGACAGUGAUAGCCAUGGAUGGUGGUUUGUAUGAGCACUAUACUGAAUUCAGUAAGUGCAUGGAGAAUACUGUAAACGAGUUGGUUGGAGAGGAAGUGUCAAAAAGCAUUGAUAUCAUUCACUCCAAUGAUGGCUCCGGCAUCGGAGCUGCUCUUCUGGCUGCAUCACAUUCCCAGUACCUUGAAGUCGUGGAUUCUUGAGAAUGGUCAGAGCCAAUGAAAUUUUGCUAAAUAAAAUCUCUUAUUUGCUUUCUUUCGCAUUUUUACUUAUAUUAAUUCAAUCUUAUUGUUCUUUCUUUUGUAACCUUUCUAGGAAAUUCAUUUACUUGCUUUUCCCAUUUCAUUGUUUAGGAUAUUGUUGAGUACAUGAAUCCUUAAAUGUCUUCGUCACACUACAUAUGUCCGUUAGGGGAUUAAUUUGUAAACCCAGGACCUGGAACCGGCCUUGCUCUUCUGCUUUAGCCGACCAUUCUGUUUUGGUAUAUUUCGGGAUAAUACUAGGGGGGAUUUAAUUGAGUUUCUCACUAGGUAUUUAUUC